AUGUAUAUAAACGAACCUGAAGUGGGAACCGAAGAAGUAGCCUUCUUCUCAACCUUCCACUUCAGUCUAAGUGGCCAGGGACCACUGUCCCGCAUCGGGCCUGUCAGUACGCAUGCCCAAUCCGCCCCCUGCCAGGCUCUCGGUCCCGGACGCUAUACCCGGACCCCCUCGACCCCGGACGAGUCCCUGACAGGAGCCUCUGAUAGAUGCAACACAGUGGCUGCUUUGCUUUCAGCAUUUGUGCAUGACUCACAAGAACAUGUGCACUCUGGGCAUCCAAUAAGGAGUGACCCCAAGGCCAAAGAAAUCUUUUCAGCAAUGUUCAUGGCUUUGAUGUACCACCCACAUCCUGAUGGAAAAGACACAACAGGUGUUACACAUUCCAUCAUCCUGCAUUAUGCAGAGACUCACUGCAAGGAGUUUGAAGACUUCUGGAAGGAUUUUAGCCAGGUGCAGGCUGCAAACUUGUCCAAUCCUGCAUCUCAUCCUGGAGAGGAGGCAGAGCUUUGUUGCCACAUGAAGUUGGCAGUCCAGAGCAUCAUCAGUAGUAGGGAGCCUGGCCAGCAUUGA